AUGUCGUUCUUUUCGGAGACUCCUCGUCGCCGUAGGCAGGAUUCCGAAUCCAACCCUCACCAACAACCACCACGCACUCAGGCCACGGAUCUGCCUAAGGAAUCUUCCGUCACUCUUCUGAACAUCAUGAAACUCAGGCCAGACACCAGCCUCACGGUCUGGGGCAAUGAGAUCAUUCAUGCCUUGCAACCUCUGAAGUUGGAUGCACUCGUGGCCAAUGACCUCCCAAGGCCCAACCCAGGCGACGCCAACUACAACAAAUGGAAGUUCUGGACUCGUACCGUUGCUAGAUGGCUGUUGAAUCAGGUGGAUACCUCACUUCAACAGAAAGUGAGGGCACACUCAAGCGACUUCACUUUCGCCGAUGAAAUUUUCAAGACAAUCAAGCACCUGAGCCUACACAACCAGUCCAAGUUUAUUGCAAACGAGGUGAAGCGGUGGGAGAGUAUCAAGCGAGAGAACUUCCGCACCCCCGCCGACUUCAUCCUGGCCUACCAGAACCAGUACAACCGUCUGAAGACAGAGGACCACGCGCCGACUUGCGACUAUGCACUUGGUAGACUUCUGGAAGCGCUCCACGGGGAAGUGUUGAAGGUUCCGUUCCUCCAAGAGGAGGUGAAGGAUUUGGGGCGACCAGUGGACUACAAGCUUUUCGUCUACUACUGCAAAGUCUUGGUCGAAGAAUCCCGCAAUCCGACUGCCUCAAACCGCCCCGCCUCUGGAGAUGCCUCUGUGGAGGCUUAUCAGGAUGUACGAGGCCGAAGCCGAACCCGUGGACGUGACAUCUCCUACCGCGGCUGGAGGCAAAGCGCUAAGGGACACGGCCCGGCAUGGGAGUGA